AGUCUGUUUUCAUAUAUUUUCCCCUACAGAUGAUGAUUAGGGAAGUGAACUUGAACUCUGAACACUCAGGAGUCAGGAAGUGAUCUUACCCUACUCUAGGUGACUAGAGCAGAUUGCUCAGUCACUGGGGGAGCUUCGUGGUUUGGUUCAUCUUUCCAAGCAGUUAUGUAGCUAUUACCAUGGCCCCAUCCUUCUUCUCCUCUGUUGGCUUCUGUGUAAUUGGAUCUAUCACCUUAGCCCUUGCCCUACCUCCAACUGAGCCACCGCUCAUCAAUAACCAUCCCUUUGUGGUUAUAUGGAACAUGCCAGUCGAGCACUGUAAACGUCUUCGCAUCCCGUUGGACACUGCAGCCUUCCAGUCAGUGACAACACCCGCAGCUGUGCCAGGUCAGUUUCUCACCACCUUCUAUGAGGACCGCCUUGGCCUUUACCCUAGAGCUGAUACUGUCAAGCAUAAGCUCUACAGCGGUGGGGUCCCCCAAAAUGGCAACCUGACAGAGCACCUGGUCAGAGCCCAAAGACAAAUAGAUCACUACAUCUCCCAGGAUUCUUCUCUUGGGCUGGCUGUCAUUGACUGGGAAUCCUGGCGCCCCCUGUGGGACCAGAACUGGGGUUCAAAACGCAUUUAUCAGAAAUUGUCCAUCAGUAGUACCCUACAGAUGCUCCCGUUUUUAUCAUUAAAACAUAUUCGUAAACUGUCAAAGAAACAGUUCCAGCGGGCUGGGCGUCACUUCAUGGAAAAAACCAUUAGCCUUGGUACUGGCGAGCGUCCAAACCACCGAUGGGGCUUCUACCUGUUUCCUGAUUGCUUCAACUAUGGAUGGAACAAGCCUGGCUACACGGGACAGUGCUCCCACAAGACCCACAAGCAGAACAACCAGAUGCUUUGGUUGUGGGAACGCAGCACAGCUCUCUUCCCAUCAGUCUACCUUCACCAGAAGUUGAGGAACUCUCCCCGGGCUGCGCUCUUUGUUCGUAACCGUGUUCUUGAGGCUCUGAGGGUGGCAGCAUUGCCUAAACGUCCAUACAUUAUGCCAGUCUAUGUCUAUUGCAGGCCACUGUACCGGGAUCAGACCAAAAAGUUUCAGACCCUGGGAGAUCUAAUCAGCACGAUCGGAGAGUCUGCAGCACUUGGAGCUUCUGGGGUCAUAAUAUGGGGAGGUUCCAGAGACUACAACAACAAGGCGUCCUGUGAUGCUCUGUCCAAGUACCUGAGAUCCACAUUGAACCCUUACAUUGCUAAUGUGACUGCAGCCGCCAAGCUCUGCAGCGAAGUCUUGUGCCAGGGGAAAGGCCGCUGUGUCCGGAAGAGCAACAACUCUCGCCACUACCUGCACCUAAACCCCACCCAAUUCCACAUCAUACGAGCUUAUAGGAAGUAUGUGGCUAUUGGCCUCCCUUCUGCUGCAGACCUCAGUGCCUGGGCUGAAAACUUUACCUGUCAGUGCUACGCAGGGCGGAACUGUUCUCCCAAACUAGUACACCCAACCACCAUGAAACUCAUUUGGAUUUAAUCUGUGGGGAAAGUAGAAUUAUUUCAUGUGAUUAUCUAUCAGUCAUCUAUUUUUUCAAAAACAAAAAGGAAUGUAAGUAAAUGAUUCCCUCAAAACAUAGUGCUAUUAAUAAUAAUAACUACAACAACAACAUCAACAAUAAUAAUAAUAAUUGUUAAGACAAGCUAUACCUUUAAACUUCAGUUUUAACUAUUUAAAUGUAAAUGUGCCUUAAUUAAACUAAAUUCAGCUCAACUAAACUGAAUUUUAAAAAAUGUAACUUAAUGUAAAGUUGAGUAGAUGAAGCCUCUGUCUGUUACAUUACAAAGAAACCAUUUGGAAAGACAUUUGGAAACAUUACCUGUGUUGUAAACAUCAGAGCACAACUGUCAUUAAUUUUUUUAUGAAUUUAAAUAGGCCUGUCAUACAGGUUUGAACUUUGAACUAAAUAAAUAAAUUCAAAAUAUUUUGAAAAAAUAUGAAUUUUCACAAUUGAUGCGUCAGAUAUCAAAAGUCUGGCAUGUAUGAUUCAACAUUCUAACAGGGAUGCAGUCUUACUUAGUCAUCAGCAUUUCCACACAGUGUACUAUGUAUAAAGCAUACUGUACAUAGUGUAAGGAAAACACUUUGUUCUGAGUGACUUGAUUGUACACGUCCUGUGUCUGCUUCUGCUCUCAGUGACCUUAGACAAUAAUACAUUUACUUCAUCAGGGCUUUUGUUGACCUGCAGGUAAAGGGCUCUGCUUUUCUCUUUUUCACUCACACAGUGCUUUUUCGAUCUGUUUAUUAGUAAUAUGCCUUUUUGAAUACUACCCUGUAUUUAUUACACAUGAAGUAUACACUCAUUUGACACUUUAUUGGAUACGCCUUGUAGAUAGACACCAUUUUGCUUCUGGAACUGACUUCUUUGUGGCACAGAUUCAUUGUGUCUCUCAGAAAUGUUUAAACCAUAUAAACUUGAUGGCAUCACACAGUUGCUGCAGUUGUUGUCAGCCACAUAACUACUGACAACAACUGCAGAGACGGAGGUGGAGCGGGUGGUCUAUCAGUUGAAAGGUUGGUGCUUCAGUCCCUGGCAAGAUACUCGACCCUUAGUUGGCCCGGAUUCAUCCAUCAGUGUAUAAUUGGGUGAGGCCUGUAGUGAAAAUUGCUUUGAGUGUUCAGUUAGAAUAGAAAAAGUGCCUCUUCUGAUGCUUUGUUUGAACUUCAGCAGGUCAUCUUGACCAUGGCUACACACCUAAAUUCAGUUGCUGACCUAAUUGGCUGAUGACACAUUAACAGUACGGCGUGGUUUAACAGAUGCACCUAAUGAAGUGGCCGCUGAGUGUAUGAAUCAACAAAUAAUAAUAAAUAAUACAAAACAAAAAUGGAAACGUUUCCUUAAUAAGUGACAUGAACAGAGCAACAACAAUACAAAUGCAUGCAGAUAUACAUUCAUGUCCUCAGAACAGUGACAUCAUUCGUCUAUAACAUCUUAUUCGUGUGCUUGUAAAUCAGAAUGAUUUGAUGAAUGAAAUAAACACGAGUGUCACAAAGA